AUGACGCCGGCGGGGCUGAUGGUCUUUUGUUCGCUGCUCACGAGGACGUUAUGCGUGAUCGCGCCUCAGAUACCAGAUUUCAAAACCGGUGACAAGAAGGUCAUCACCGGGCCGUUCUGGCACGAGGUGUUCACGGAAGUGUAUGACGAGGCCGAAGAUGACGUCUCCACCACGACGAGCGAGCCGCUGCCGUUCUUCGAGGAUGAUGCAUCAACUAACAACGUGACGGCCCAGCUCGGAAGCAGGGUGCAUCUGCAUUGUCGCGUGCAUGAUCUGGGAGAGAAGACGAUAUCCUGGGUCCGUCGUCGCGGCGAGGAGCUACAUUUGCUUUCAUUCGGACGGCACACUUACUCCGCCGAUUCGAGGUACUCGCUCGCCUUCGAGCACCCCAACGAUUGGCGCCUGCUCAUCCAGUACGUGAGCGAGCGUGAUGAAGGGUACUACGAGUGCCAGAUAUCGACGCACCCGCCUCUGGUCAGACGGGUUCAUCUUACUGUUGUUGUGCCAAAAGUGGAGAUUGUGGACGAGCGCGGACGGCCGCUGCAGGACAAGUUCUACAAGGAAGGAUCCAUCAUAGAACUUCGGUGUGUGGUCAGCGAGGUGCCCCAGCCAGCGAACCAGGUCAACUGGAAGCAUGGGACCAGGAUGCUCAACUAUGAUACCAAGCGAGGAGGCGUGAGCGUGAAGACCGAAGCGACUACAAACGGCGCCCUCUCGCGGCUGUACAUAGCAAAUGCGAACAGGAAUGACUCUGGCAACUAUACCUGCUCGCUGGCUGACGUCGCCGCGUCAGCUGUCUCCGUGCACGUGCUCAGAGGAGAAAACCCACUCGCGAUGCAGCGAGGCACCGCGUCCACCUUCUCACACCAUCUUCUGACAGCAUCCAUCGUGUUCGCCAGCUGA